AAUAGUCAGAAUGGUGUUCCAGGCAACCAGCUGUCCAACGCCCAGAACACAGCACUGGAAACUGGCUGCAAAUUUUCCCUAAUUGAAGUUGGACACAUCAAGUUUUAAUUAAAAUGGAAAACUUAAACCUUGAUAUAUAUUAUGAUGACCCAGGUAUUAUUAGAAAUUCUAAAUCAGAAGUUGCAUCAUUAAAUUCAAAAAACAAACAAAAUAUUUUAGCAAAAUAUAUCGAACCUGUAUAUUGCUCAUAUUCAAGUCCUUUUGUGAAAGAUAGGCGAUGAAUGAGACCGAGUUGAGUGAGACAGAGUUCAGUGAAAGAGAGUUGAGGCGGAGGUGAGUGAAAAGGUGAAGCUGAAAUAAUUUAUAAUGCGGUGAGCUUAUGCAUUAGAAUCUUAUAUGAAAAGAUUUUUUUUUUUCAACAACUUUUUAUAAAAAACUAGAAUCUUAUAUGAAAAGAUAAUUAAAAGGAAUUAUAUGAAAAGAUAAAUAGAAGGAAUUUAUGCAGUUCAUUCGACUCCUUGGACUCUCGUAAGAGGAAAAUCAAUAGAGUUCCUUUACCGUUUACGACACCUGCGCACAGUGCAUAUUCAUCUCUCGAGGAUGGAUUUGAUUCUGAUAGUGAUAACGAAGACUCAUCUCUGAUGUCUUGUUAGAAACCUAGUUUGUUAUCUGUAACUGGAUCAGCGGGUUUGCCGAGUAAUGAAGAAUAAAAGGAAUUAUAUGUAAAAAAAAUGAAAAGGAACAAAUAUUAUAAUAAUGAAAAGGAAGAAAACUUGCAUAGUUUUUUUUCUUUUCUUGUCAAACAUUUGAUUGUUUUAAGCCAUUUUAUCUAGUUUUUCAAAGUAAAAUCAAAUUGAAUGAAAUAAUCAGGCCCAGUCUCUUAUGUUUUUUUCGUCAAAAAGUUUACAGUUUGUAGUUAAGUUUUCCAAUUAUUUCUCCACAUAAGGAAAUGAGAGGUCGAUAAACGGUCAGUUUAAUAUUUAAACUUUCUAUUUUGGUAACAAACUUUAUUGUGUGUAGUUUCUGUACUAGUGGAGGGCCCAUUUCCAUUAUUAUUUCUAAAACUAUCUAGUCACUCCACAACACAUUUAAUUUUCUGACAAACUAUUUCUGGCUAGAAACAACUUACAUAACAUCGUUACAAAGAGCAAACGAAUAUUCUUAUAAUAAUAUGACAAAAGCAACAAGCUUGGUCAACAGAAUUGCGUUUUUUUCUUCUUCAUCCCUUUCCGCAGUAAAUUGGUUUUACUCCUAUCGCUAACAGCAACGACAAGUGGUUAUAACUAUAUACGGAACCACUGUAAAGCAACUUGAGUAUAGAUACGUAGAGGUAGAAGUAGAACCCUAUACAUUAAGAUUUCUUUCUUUGAUUGCCAAAUAAUGGAGAAUCCACUAAGCAAACAAAAUAAAAAUAUCCUUACACGCGAUUUUUUUCCAUUUUGUUUGUGGUCACAUGACUUUUGUUUCACGUUUUGAAAUACAUAUUUUCAAACCGUUGAAAACAAAAAUCGGCUUAGUGAAUCCCUAUAUCUUCAAAACUAAUAAGUUUCAAUAGGAAUAAUCAAAAUUUGAAAAAGUAUAUAUAUAGUGAAAGUUAUUAUAUUGAGGACAAGAUAAUCUAACAAAGUUUAAAAAAGAAGAAGAUAGUCUGACAAUGAAAAAUCAUGGAUAAAAGAUGUGUACUAAUCACAUUUUAGCGCAAAGCAGGCUCUCUUUUUUUUUUCUGUUACUGCGCAAAGAAGACUCUUUAAUAAUGAAGACACGAAAGAUAAGGUUUUCACAUAACCCAUAUUGAUAUUGUGCGGGCUAUCUGAGUACAAUUAGACAUCUUGACCCAUUUGAAAUUUGAAUAAUAGUCCGUCCUUAUGAUGCAACAAACCGGAUAUUAUUAGAAAUUCUAAAUCAAAAGUUAACAUCAGUAAAUCCAAAACACACAAAGAACUCGUUGCAUAUGCUAUAGAGACUAUUAAUUUAAUUAUAAAUUCUGGCUGUUUCGAAACUGACUAAACCUUAUUGACUAAGACGAUGAUGAUAAUUGUCUAAUAAAAGGGAAGAUUUUGUACUUUCUGUCAUCAUAAAAAAGUACCUCUAAAACAAAAAUAUUGGUACCUUUUUAGUGAUAGUUCUUUUUAAUCAGUUACGAACUUAUGAUUUAAGAAAAGGACGCCUAAAAGAAAACAAUCAAACCAAACAAACCAACACCAUCGAUAAAGGAAAUGAAAGAUGCAUUCCAAAUCAUAAAUUCACUGAUUAAAAUAAUUUUUAAACAUUUUUGAAAAUGUUUUAUUAAAGCUUUUAUUGAUAUAUAUUCAUAUGUAAUAAAGUUCAUAGAAUUUUUAAUAAUAGACUAGUAUAUUUAUAGGUUUUCUCAGUGAUACUUUCGAAAUUCUUAUGACCAAAUAUAUUGAUUAAAUGUACAUUUAUACACUCAUUAUCUUUAUCAGAAAUUUUGUUUUCCAAGCAAUUGAAUUUUUACUAAAAUAUUUAAUUUCUUUGAUUGAUACCAAAAAGUUUAAAAAAUUAUUGAAAUGUUUAUUUUUAUCAAAUUAUAAUGUUGAAGCCUAAAACUGAUAAUUGGGUUUAGAGACUAAUCGAGCAAUAAUCAGAGACAUUAGGGCCAAUGAUUCUAUUUAAUGAAAUUUAUAAGAUUAAGAAUAGUAAUUACCUUUCAUCCAUAAGCUUAGAGGUACACCAAACAUUUCCUCAUAAAGAUCAUCCAUAGACUCAAUUAAAGUUCUAAAUUUAGUAACCCAUUCAAACAAGUCUACAAAAUCAAUGAUUAUGCAUAUAAAGUUAAGUUAAUAUUACAUAACAUAUUAAUUCCUUAUAAAAACCAGAAGAAUAACCAGAUGUGACUUCAUACCGAUUAGAUAAGUGUUGUCGAAAUUCAUUUGGAGAACUUGCAGGAAUGGAACAGGUACAAACAUUGGGUUUUAGUAAGUGAAAAUCAAUAAAAUACAUGUGUACAUUCGACAAAUGUGAUGUGAAAUUCACGUGGUGUAUUCCUUAUCAAACCAAUCCAUGGUGUCACUUGGAAUCAUCUGAAUACUCCAUAUGUCGUCAUCAAAAUAGCCAAAAUAGUGCUUACCAAUCAAAUAAUUAGGGAUUGUAAUUUAGAUUCUGCAACCCUAAUAUUACAUGAUUAUAAAAUGAAAGUACUUACACAAUAACUCAUCAAAAAUGAAAUGCUGAGCAUAAAUUACAACUUACAUUUGGGUGAGCCACAAUCAGAUGCCGCUCUUUCGGAUUAGGAGGAUUUAUAGUUUCUCAUACUCGUAGUAUUUUUUUCCAGGCUUCGACAUUGUUCGAUGAUUCAGUGAGAUUUGAAAUUAGGGUAUUGUUGUGUGGCAUUAAAUUCUUUUUUGGAAUUUUCAAAAGCCUCUAUAGUUUCUUUAUGAGUGAGAAAAAAUAAGUGUUUUGAAAAAUUAGCAGACGCGUUUGAUAUGAUCUUUUUGAACGGUUUAGACUUUUUAAGUGGAAUAUUAAAACGAUGACAAAACAUUUUAAUGUGAGCGAAUACCAAUGUUUACAUCAUUACGGAGAUAACGACUUAAAAGUGAAUUUCACUUAUUUUAAGAUAUGAUUUUUAAAAGGCUCAUUUGUUGAUUUGAAAUUGCCAUUUCACCCUUUACCAGCAAGAAUGCCAUACUUGUUUCAAGAAAUUCAACAAGAAUUAAAACAACACUUUACCAGGAAUGGAUCUCUCCCAUAUCAGAUUCUAUUAGUUGUUCAUGCCCCUAAGCCUCAUCAAUAAUUUGUCUUUUCUUUGCUGUCCGGUCUUCGUUUAUAUUUGAUAAUUUAAGUUAAUUUAUAAGUGGAAGGUUAAGAGGAAGUACAUUAAAUAAUAAUAAAGAAACACACUUUCUCUUUCCUCUAGUAUAAAAAAGAAACACACUUUCUCUUUCAUCUAGUCUAAAAAAAAGAUCUAAUUUUCUUCUCAUUAAGGGAAAAUCUGUAUAUUCUCUAUGUAGGUCACAUAAGAAAGUGUUUUGCAAAUGCAUUGUGGCUUUUGAUGUAAUUAAAAAGUGAUAAAGUGCCUCUUGAUGUAAAAAAUUCUGCUUUGAUGAAUCGAAUCAGUUUGGAGUAAGUUCACGAAAAUGUGUGGUGAUUUAAAAUUUUUUUAAUAAAAAAAACUGUAAAAGGGAAGAUGCUCCUCGAUAAACACACUUUGCUUGUCUUGGAGAAGGAAUUUCAGACCCUAGCAUAGCAUUCUGACACAACAAACUCUAGGACAAGGAGUAGGGAGAUAUGGGCAAAAAUGAAUGAAUUUGUUUGGUUUAGUAAAGGUGCAUGCGGCUAAUUAGAUUCCCAAUUAUAGGCAUAGGUGCCAAUUUUCUCUAACUUAUUUUCCUUAUUCAAUUUUUGGGUGAUUUAAUUUUGGAAAAUUCGACAAAAUAGGGAAAAAAUCUACAUUUUGUACUCAUAUACCUUUUCCAAGUUAUGUUAUUUUUCUUUAAAGUACUUUUAACUGAAUAAUUUGUAUCCAAUAAAAAUCAACACAAUUUCUAUCCAGACCUUACUGUGGAUUCCCUUAUUGAUUCCACUACGCGACAAUGGAAUUCGCAGGUUAUUCGGACUUUGGUAGACCCACAGGAUGUGAAAAUCAUAGAGAGCAUACCACUGAGCCGAAACCAGAUGGUUGAUAGGGAAGGAUGGCAUUUCACAAAUAAUGGGAAAUUUACGGUUAAAUCAGGAUAUCAAGUGGAGAGGAUUUAUCCGGAUAGGGAAAGAUCACCAGUAUUACUUGGACCUACAGUUGAUGUUCUGAAGGCAUUUUGUUGGAAACUAAGGUGUCCACCAAAAAUAAAACAUUUUCUCUGGCAAUUGGUGUCCGGGUGUGUCGCAGUUAAGAAGAAUUUACAGGCGUGGGGGAUCCAGGGAGAUAUAUGUUGUGCAAGAUGUGGAGCGGAUGAGGAGUCGAUUAACCAUGUGUUUUUUGAGUGUCCUCCAGCAAUUCAAGUUUGGGCGCUGUCAAAGAUUCCAACAAAUCCAGCUAUUUUCUCAACAAGCUCUAUAUUUACAAACAUAGAUCAUCUUUUCUGGAGAGUUGCUCCACGGAUAGAGGAUCAUCACUUUGCUUGGAUACUUUGGUACAUUUGAAAAGAAAGAAAUAAUAAGGUUUUUAGUAAUCUGGAUAUAGACCCUAGGGACACUCUUAAGUUGGCGGAAACAGAAUCCACACUCUGGGCAGAGGCACAUAUUUUGAAGGACCAGAACACGGGAACACAGGUUCAGGCAUCUCUGCCGUCAAUUCCUGGAAGAUGGUGUUUUACAGAUGGAUCAUGGAAAAAGGGAGAUAUGUUUUCUGGUCAGGCUGGUUCAGUGCUUUAGAAGGUUUUGAAGGUCUAAUGGGAGUCAGGAAUGUAAGGGCUUCUUUAACUCCCUUGCAUACAGAGAUGGAGGCGCUACUAUGGGCUAUGAAAUGUAUGAAGAAUUUACGUCAAUUCCAGGUUUCAUUUGCAACGGAUUGUUCUCAAUUGGUGAAGAUGGUUUCGGAACCAGAAGAGUGGCCAGCUUUUGCAAGUUAUUUGGAAGAUAUCAAGAGUCUGAAAGAGAGCUUCACACGAUCAGAGAUUAUACCUGUACCAAGAACGCAAAAUACAAAGACGGAUAACCUAGCAUGCAGUGUCAGGAAACAAACGUCUUUCGUCGUUCACAUGGAUCAAUAUCUCCCGGUGUGGUUUACAGAGUCAAUAUGAGUCUGUAAUGUUGUCGACCAAAAAAAAAACAUUUAACUGAAUAAUAAAAUUAAUUAAAUAAAGGAUUUUAACGAAAUUUACAUUUCAUUCGUAUAUACCGUAUGCACCUAUCAAUGUUUAGCAUUGUGACUAUAUUUUCUCUGAAAUAUAAUUUGAUUAUGGAGAAAAAAUAAAUGUAGUUUAUUCAGAUAUUUGUUAUGUUCUGCUUUGCUAUGUCUAAGAAGUCAUUCUUGUUAGAUUUAGGGAUUAUAAGUAAGGUUAUGAGAGAUUAGCCCAAAAUAUAGAUACGCUAAGGUGAUAAGAUUUCAGUCAUAGGAAUUGCUAUUAAUGCUUGUGUUCUAGAAUAUCUAACUAGAACCCUAACUUAGGAUAAUUAGGCGCAAGCGGAAGUAACCUAAAUUUGCUUUAGUUAGAGGGCAUUGUAAUCUUUAUAAAGUAUGUCUCAAAUGGAAUGUGGCCUCAGAUUUAAUAACAACUAGAUUAUAGACCCGUGCGGGUGUAUUUUUAUUUUACAAUAAUAAAUUUUAUGAUUAUUUUACAGUUUUUUUAAUGUUUGAAUAUGUCUAAUGAAAAGUCGACAAACACAAAAGAAUAUGUCUCGGUUGUUCAUAUUAUUUUUGAAUGUUAAACUAAUCAAAAUGAUAUGUUGUAUCUACUAUUUUAUUUUAUUUAUAUACAAAUCUAACUAUUUAGUAUGGUUGCUUAUAUUAAUAGGGGUUCCUGGGCGCGGGGUUUAGGACACACAUGUCUAAUCUCCCGACAUCUCCGUGUGUCCCGUUUCUGGUCCCAUGAGUUUCAGUUGCAUUUCCUUCCUUACCGUUGACAUUUCCACUUAUAGUUCUGCAAAAGGGAGAGGGAAAAGAGGGGUGAGUACUAAUACUCAGUGAAGCGAUUCUAGACCAGUCUCCCCCAUGAGCCUCUAUACGGCUCAAUGCGAAACGAGAACCGUCUAGUCACUACGCUCAGUCGAUGCAACCUAUCAGCUAGUCACUAAGUUUCAUUUAACAAACCAAGCACUGUAAUGAACUCAGUCAUCACUCAAUUCAUAGAAUUCGGUUUAUCAAUUUAGGACUCCCAUCAUCCUAGGACUUUAGGACCUACACAGCUCAAGCGGACCAUUCCUCCCCUUUUCUUGCUGCUUCCUGUGAAGUCGCCUGCCCUGGUAGGACCGCCGCCCAGUUCCUCGGGUUCGGUCCGCCUUUGCAGUGUAUUACGACCCCUUCCCGCCAAGACUCGGCGUGACUCAAUCUUACCGGCGCCUCUAUUCUUACCCUGCCAUUUUUAUCCGAUGCUAUGGCCCCGCAUCUCCGCCGUUUUUGAACGCUACGGCCGCCGCGUUUCCUUUCUUUCCACCCUUCCCCGGGUACUUUAUUCCACCCUUCUUGGGUACUUAUUCCACCCUUCCCGGGUACUUUUCUAAUCAAUCAUUUUCUUUCCUUUUUCUUAUCUUUUCCUUUUCCUUAUCCUUUAGACCCUUUCCUUUCUUUCAUUUCUAGACGCCACCCGUUCUCGGUGUCACAUUCAAUUCAAUAAACAACCAUUCCACGGAUGUCCUAGCAUUCAUCUAAUCAACCGGUUAACGUGUACUAUUAACCUACCUUUAGUUCUUUCUAAGCAUCCUAACUUUCAACCACAAACAAGAAUAGUUCAUCAACCAAUUAAUCAUUCAUCUUUCAAUCAUCACAAACAAUUCAUUUACUGUCCUUAAUCAGUAUGAGCGUUCUUAUGCAGUAGGGUCUAUCAACCUAACAUCAAUCAGGAUCUAAAUCGUCCUAAUUCCUCAUUCAACAAUAUAAAGGAUCAUGAACAAGAUCUGGAAUAGAACACCUCACCUUAGCCUAGAUAUGGAUCUGGAUCUGAGAUGCAAGAGAGAUGAGAUCUGAGGUCAAUGACACCACACGGCUAUCACCACCACUCGCGGUUGCUCACGGCGAGGAGAGAGGCGGCGUGGGGAGAGAGAGGAGAGAAGGAGGCGCGGCGAGAAGAGAGAGAGAGGAGAGAGACGCGGUGAAGAGAGAGAAAGAAGAGAGAGGCGGCGCGGGGGAGAGAGAAGGAAUCGACGGCUAGGGCUUCUGAUCUCCAGGAAUUCUCUGCAGGGCUUCGCUUCUAGAUUUCUGAUGAGAGAAAAAGAAGUGGAGGCCUGCUUUUAUAAGGAGAAGAGAUAGGGAAACCCCUAGGGUUUUCCAAUUGGGCUGCAGAGGACCCAAUAGCAUUUAAAAGUUUAAUUGGGCUGGUUUUGGGGUGUUACACGGUGAUUCAUGAUUCAUUCUUGCUGGUCGCGCCACUUACUACCGAUCAUCUUUAUGAGGCGGCUCAUUCCUCAAACAACCAUUGGUGAAGUCAUCGACAAUGCUCCCGUGAUCAACCGUCAAAGAACAUCGGUAGAAAAUUAAGGUUCACGUUAUUUUAUACUUUUGCCUCUAUUUUAUAGUGUAAUGCAAUACACAAUUUCCAACUUUCUAUAAACUCACAUUACGACCAGCUUUGAAGAAUUUUAUUGGUAUGCCGUCCCGUAUUUUAACUUGGUUCUAGCUAAAACUACUAGAAGAUAUCAUUCUCUGAUGCUACUGUUUCCAAAUCAGCCAUCAGCCACUUGCUUGGACUUCCCAAUUCAUUGUUUUCCAUACAUAUAUUUUGUCCAGGCAACACUCUUGCUUCUAAAGUUAACCUCUAUCUGAACUGUACAACAUCUAUCAAAUUUUACUAUGACACCAACAUUCCUGCUAUCAAAGAGUUCACAAGAAGGUUACCAAACUCAUACUGUCUUGGCUUGAAAUCAUAUUUAAAUGUAUGUUAAUCUCUGGCAUUCAUAAGUGUAACCUGUAGCUUGGGAGGUGCAGCAGCAGAGGUUUUCCCGUGUGUUGAUACCAUGGAGGGGAUCAAAAAGAAAGAGCUUGUGAUCUAAGCACGUUCUUCUUCAGCUCUAACGAGCAGGUAACAGUAACAUUCACGCUCUCAGGUUAUAAAAGUUUGUCACAUUUGUUAGUCACAAGAUUGACCGAAAGCAAUAUUGUUUUGGUUUACUCCAGUCCUGUUAAGCUUCAGGUUAUAAACAUUUGUUAUAUUAGUUUGUAUAUAUUCCCAGUUUCAGAUAUAUCUUUUCCCCUAAUAUGGUUGAAUCCUACUUUUGUUAUUCAUUCGUUGGCUAGGUAAUAAUCUUUGCCAAGCCUCAUGGCUUCUAGAAUCGGGAUCAGCGUCUUGAAGAUUUUGCAAGCAGGUUUAAAUCGAGGGUAUUUCGUUAUAUUUUAUCUUUGUUUUUUUAGUACUUGCAGCUAUGUUUAUAUUUGAGAUCCGAUACGAACUAAGAUCAAAUAACAUACGAAAUCUGCAGGAAAACGCAAGUGUAGUGACUGCGGUAGGCAAGAUUUUUUAUCAGUCCCGAGAAUGUGCUGACUUCAUCAUCUCUUCUUUGCAACAAGCUGCAAAUAAAUGGCCUGACACUAGUAAAAAAACACCACAUAGCAACGAAACUGCCACGAUGAGUUCGUAGCAAAUCAGAAAAAGAAACGAAAUUGCAACGCAUUUGCUACGAAAAUAGGAAACGUAGCAAGACGUAGUACCAUCGUAGCAAACGUUGCUACGUUUUUGCUACGAAAACAAAACGUGGCAAGCUUUUGCUACGAAAUUGCUACGAAAAUGAACAUAGCAACUAGCUACGAUUUCAUAUCGUAUCAAAUUCGUAGCAACCCACCGAAAAAUACGUCCCACCGGUCAAAUCCUGAGCAAGUGGCAGCGAUAAAAACAAAAAAACAAUAAGCAACUAAAUUUUUCGUCGCUUACUCUAAAGUAAUGUCUCUUCAAUCCGACAAUGUGCAGGGUAAAUAAUGCUAGAUAUUUUGGAGCUUGCCACGUUUAUGGAUCGUAGCAAAAUUCAUAGCUAUUUUCGUAGCAAAACGUGGCAAGAAUCGUAGCAAGCAACGUAGCAAUUUCAUAGCAAAAUCGUGGCACUAUUUUUUCUAUAAAAACAACCGAGCGCUUGACUCUCGUUAGAACGAGUUUUGUAUCAAAGAGAGAGUUUGAUAUUGUUGGCCUUAAGCCAUGGCCAAGAUAAGAGAACCCAACAUUACGGUGUCCAAGUCCGGGGUACGACGGACACUGAUUAUUACGGGUUGAUCGAAGAGAUAAUGAUGGUUGAGUAUUCUGGUUCUGUUGGGCUUAAGGCCAUGGUUUUUAAGUGUAAGUGGUUUGAUACAGUUGUAGGUCGGGGGAUUCGAAAACAUAAAUCAGGAAUCGUCGAUGUGUCACCGCGCUGGCAGUACGAGAAAUAUGACCCAUUUAUCUUAUCUGGUAAUUGUGAUCAAGUUUGCUUCAUUCCUUAUCCGCAAGUUCGUCGUACAUCAGCAAGUGAUUGGUGGUCAUGUACGAAAGUUGUGCCUAGAGGGGUUCGAGAAACUUCUGAAGUUGUUCUUACUGCGUUACAAGAUGAUACACACAACCAAGUUGUUGCCCAAAGUGAAAUGUUAUGCAUUGAAUCUUAUGUUGUGGAAGAUGAUUCAGAUUAUGAUUCAACUCCGGUUGUUCCUCCCAAUGACGAAUACAUUUCUGAAGAUGAGUUAGAAGAAUCAUGUACUGAUUCUGAUUACGAAUCAGAUUCAAGCUCUUAGUGUUUGUAAGGUAUACGAAUGUAUAAUAUAAGUUCUUAGUGUUUGUAAGAUAUAUGAAUGUAUAAUAUAAGUUCUUAGGGUUUGUAAGAUAUAUGGAUGUAUAAUAUAAAGUUUUAGUGUUUGUAAGAUAUGAAUGUAUAAUAUAACUUUAAAAAAGAUAUGAAUAAUCCUACUUAUACUAUCUUUAAACCCUAUAUAUACCCUAACUAACCCCUAAAUUCUUCAAACUCUACAAAAUCUUCAACAUCUUAUUUUAUAAUUUGUAAUUUACAAAACUGUCUCAUAUAAAAAAUAUUAGUGUAUAAUUUUUUUUUCAAUAGAUAUGAAUAAUCCUAACUAUACUAUCUUUAAACUCUAUUUAUACCCUAACUAACCCUUAAAUUCUUAAAAUUCUACAAAUCUUCAACAUUUUAUUAUGUAAUUUGUAAUUUAUAAAACUGUCUCAUAUAAAAAAUAUUAGUGUAUAAUUUUUUUUUCAAUAGAUAUGAAUAAUCCUAACUAUACUAUCUUUAAACUCUAUUUAUACCCUAACUAACCCUUAAAUUCUUAAAAUUCUACAAAUCUUCAACAUUUUAUUAUGUAAUUUGUAAUUUAUAAAACUGUCUCAUAUAAAAAAUAUUAGUGUAUAAUUUUUUUUUUCAAUAGAUAUGAAUAAUCCUAACUAUACUAUCUUUAAACUCUAUUUAUACCCUAACUAACCCUUAAAUUCUUAAAAUUCUACAAAUCUUCAACAUUUUAUUAUGUAAUUUGUAAUUUAUAAAACUGUCUCAUAUAAAAAAUAUUAGUGUAUAAUUUUUUUUUCAAUAGAUAUGAAUAAUCCUAACUAUACUAUCUUUAAACCCUAUUUAUACCCUAACUAACCCCUAAAUUCUUAAAAUUCUACAAAUCUUCAACAUUUUAUUAUGUAAUUUGUAAUUUAUAAAACUGUCUCAUAUAAAAAAUAUUAAUGUAUAAUUUUUUUUAAAAGAUACUGAAAAUCCUAAUUAUACUAUUGUUAAACCCUAUCUAAACCCUAAUUAACCCCUAAAUUCUACAAAUUCUCCAAAAUCUCCAAAAUCUAUUAUUCCCUCCAACAUUUUAGAGCCCAAACCCAAUUCCCUCCAACAUUUUGGACCCCAAAACCCAUUUUCCCACACUUAGCAUUUUUUAUCUUUUGUUUCCUUAAGAAAGUCGUAACCUUUCUCUAAGUCCUCACCUCUCUCACCUCUCGUCCCUCACCUCUGUCUCCUUCGAUCUCUCUUCUAGCUCUCUCUUCCAUGGCUGCUUCUACCGGAAACACAACUAACGACCGUCGUCGUCCUCGCCCUCCUAGCUUGACUCUUCCAGAUGUGAGAUACGUGAGACCUCAAUUGAGAACCACGUCAAUGCCUGAUGUUACGACUCCUGCUCCUGCACAACCAAUAGGAUCUUCAAGUUCAGGAUCUGCGGCUCCUCCAGCGGCUCCUCCAGCGGCUCCUCCAACCUAUGUGAGGAGAACAGAAGAUGCUCUGCUACGUGCUCCAUCCAGAAGAAACCAGCCACACCUUCAUCCUGAUAAGCCCAAUGGAGCAUUGUGGUUUGGGGUUGAUCCUGAAGUUCAUGCUUUUAUCCGAGCAACAUGGCAGGGAGAUUACUGGGGCCCGUGGCAAAGCUGGAUAAAGGUUCCAGAGCCGAAGAGAAUAGGAUGGUGGCACUCAUUCAUACAACAAUACUACUGGGAAGACAGUCUUCAUGAGGAAAUCCACUUUAAAUGGAAGCUUCAGACUCAAGUGUCUAUCUGCGGACGCAUAAGCCAAAAAAGGAAAAAGAACAAACAGCCUAAAUACAUCAGUGAGAAUGACUGGAAAAUAGUCCUUGCGAAUUGGUCAACAGAUGGAGCAAAAGCCAAGAGCCAAUCAGCAGCUGAUUCUCGCACUUCAGCUCCUGUGGGGUUGAAGAUGCACGUCCAUGGUGCAGGACCACGCUGCUUUGUAAAUAUUGGGUAUCGUAUGAUGAUCGACCAAGGUUUGGAUACACUACCUUCAUAUACAGACCUUGCAAGGAAGACUCAUACUCGCAAAGAUGGGACCUUCAUGGACGAACGAACUGAGCAACUGGUUCUAGAGGUUGAGCAAGCAGUUGAAGAGAUGUUAGAAGAUGGUUCUCCAGUUGGAGAUAGCCAAACUUGCUCAACUGCUGCCACAGAAAAUUCUAAGCGCCUUCUCCUAAACCAAGAAUACAUCAAGCGUGGAAAGACACGCAAGGGCACCAUUUAUGGGCUUGGCUGUGUUCAAUUCAACAACAAACAUCCUUCUGAGUCAGUUCCUGCUUCACUCAACCGAAACAUCAGCUUGGAGACGAGGGUUUGUAGUUUGGAGACCAUCACUCAGGAAAUCAAGUCUGAUUUCCAGACUUUGAAGUCUGAUGUUCAGGCUAUCAAGACUGACUUCAACCAAGGGAUGGCUAAAACUCAAUCAAGUCUAGACACAAUUCUGCAGUUUCUUCAGCCUCAAGCUUCCAAUCAUGCUGCAUCUACUGCACAACCAACUCAGUCUCAAGCUCCACCUCAAGGUCAAGCACCAUCUCCAGCUCGUGAUAUGUCUCCAGCUCAAGGUGAAUCACAACCUCAACACAUCACCAGUAGCAAUUCUGAGUUAAAUAGGUGGUGCAACACACUCGGUUUGUAGUUCUUAGAUGUGGCUUGCCCUAAAUCAAGUUUAAGUAUUAUGUUUUAAUCUUUUGAACCUUCUGAAUGUUGAAUCUUUUGGAUGUUUGAUCUUUUGAACCUGAGCUUUUAAGAGGCUCAAUAUGUAACAUAAUUUCUGUUUCUGUUUCAAAAAAAAAUUGUUUCUAA